AUGGAGCUGGAUAUAAUAGAAAAUAAGGAUGGAAAACAAGGAAAUGACAAUGAGGCCUUUGAAUCAGAGGAACAGCAGCACAUAUGCACUGAUGUGGAAAUCUCCUCCGAAGGUAUAGACGAUGCAUCGGCAAAGACGGGACAACACAACAAGAGCUUGCUGGAAAAGAAAGUGGAGGCACUCCAGGGCUAUAUGGCAAAGCACAAAGACCAGAUUCACCUGAUUAUCCAGCUAGUUUUAGCUGCUGGCUUUGUUGCCAUGGUGAUAGCGGCAUGUGUUGUGAACUUCCAUCGGGCUGUGGGGCUGCUGGUCAUCUCCUUGGUAACCAUUUUUUUCCUGGUCUGGGAUUGGAUGAUGGAACGAUAUGGUGAGCAAGUGUGGGAGGCUCUUGCUCCUAUCAGAGACCUUCUCAGCAGGAACUGGUGUGGGAUCAGAUGGAUAAUAUAUAUGUCAGUGCUCGUAGCCGCGGUGUGCUGGCUUGCUCUGGACACGGCCCAGCGGGGGACUAGACAGCUGGUAUCUUUCUUCGGCUUGCUGCUGUUCGUCUUCUUAACACUCCUGUUCUCCAAACACCCCUUCAGGUGGUCUUGGCAAACGCUGGUUUUUGGGACUGGGCUGCAGUUUAUCUUUGGUCUUCUCAUUCUCAGGACCACAUUUGGUUUAGGUGCAUUGCGGUGGCUUGGAAACAAAGCAGAGGUGUUUAUGUCCUUCGCAGAUACUGGAUCAAAGUUUGUGUUUGGUGAAAGUUACACGGACCACUUCUUUGCCUUUAGGGUGAUGCCAAUACUUGUAUUUUUAAGCUCUGUCAUCGCCAUGCUCUACCACAUUGGCUUCAUGGCCUGGCUCAUUUGUAAGAUUGGAUUCAUAAUGCAGGUUACCAUGGGAACAUCUCCAGCAGAAUCAAUGGCUGCAGCUGGAAAUAUAUUCCUUGGACACACCGACUCACCUCUCCUGAUUCGUCCAUAUAUCAGUGAGCUAACUCUUUCAGAGAUCCAUGCUGUGAUGACAGGAGGUUUUGCCAGCAUCUCUGGUACCAUUUUGGGAGCCUACAUCUCCUUUGGGGUUGAUGCAACGCACUUGUUGACAGCAACAGUAAUGUCUGCUCCAGCUUCCCUGGCCAUUGCCAAGAUGUUCUGGCCUGAAACUUCAGUUUUAAGGUCGAAUCGACCAGUCAAAAUGGACAAGGGUGAAAGCAAGAAUUUGUUGGAGGCGGCAUCCCUUGGUGCAUCUCGUGCAAUCGCACUAGUGGCCAGCGUUUUAGCCAACAUCAUUGCCUUCAUGGCCCUGCUGGCCUUUUUUGAUGCUGUCCUCUCCUGGCUGGGAGGGAUGUUCGACUGUCCACAGCUCAGCUUCUCACUCAUCUGCUCCUACGUGUUCAUGCCUCUCUCCUUCAUGAUGGGUGUUUCCUUUGAGGACAGUUUCAUUGUUGCUGAACUGAUGGGCAUUAAGACAUUCCUUAAUGAGUUUGUGGCCUAUCAGAAGCUGUCAGAGUUGAUAAACCGGAGGAAGGCAGGGGGGCCAGAAUAUGUGAACAAUGUGAAGCAAUACAUUUCUGUCCAUUCUGAAGCCAUUGCAACGUACGCUUUGUGUGGAUUUUCCAACUUUGCUUCACUGGGAAUGUCGAUUGGAGCACUGUCUGCCAUGGCUCCAGACAGACGAUCUGAUAUCUCCAGCUGUGGCCUCAGAGCUCUGAUUGCAGGCAGCAUCUCUUGUUUCAUGACAGCUUGUAUCGCAGGUAUGUUGUACAUCCCUGAUUUUGAGUGCCCACAUUUGCUGAGUGUAGAGUUCAACAACACCGGCAUGACCAACAGCUCACAGCUGCACGCCUGCUGCACAGAACUGUAUAACAGUGUGACAGUGUACGAGCCAUGGAACGUGACAACAGGGGAUGGAUUCAGUCAGAGCAGCCUGCUCGGCUGCUGCACACUCAUGCCGUCUGAACGUUUCAACUGCAGCCUCAUGCUGUAA